CGUUAAUCCAUAACUCACAGAUACUAUACCUACCAUGUCUCCCAUCACCGCCUUCAACGUCGCUGUCAUCGGCGCCGGAGCAGCCGGACUAGCAGCCGCCCGUCACCUCCAUAAAGAAGGCCACACCGUCGUCGUCUUCGAGAAACAACGCCAGCUUGGUGGAACUUGGAUAUACACACCGACCACCGAACCCGACCCACUUGGUCUCGACCCAAACCGACCCAUUAUCCAUUCCAGCCUAUACGCUUCUCUCCGGACCAACUUGCCCCGAGAAGCAAUGAGCUUCAGGGAGUACCCGUUUGUUGCUAAGAAAAUGGGUCAAAGUCAAAGAGACCCGAGAAGGUAUCCGGGUCAUGGUGAGGUUUUAGAGUAUUUGAAAGACUAUGCUAACGAGUUCGGACUCAGUGAGUUGGUUCGGUUUGAAACGGAGGUGACUCGGGUUUGGCGAGAUGGAAAUGGGAAAUGGGAAGUAAGAUCAAGAAAGAUUAGCGGUGAUAAAAAAGAUAAUGUUGUUUGUGAAGGUUUUGAUGCUGUUGUUGUUUGUAAUGGCCAUUAUUCGGAGCCCCGAAUUGCUCAUAUUCCGGGUAUUGAUCGGUGGCCAGGAAAGCAAAUUCAUAGUCACAAUUACCGUGUCCCUGAUCCCUUCAGAAAUCAGGUUGUGGUACUCAUAGGGAGUUCAGCAAGUGCAGUUGAUAUCUCUAGAGAGAUUGCAGGUGUUGCCAAGGAAGUCCACAUAGCAUCUCGGUCGACCUCCAGUGAAGAAAUUGCAAAGCUACCUGGAUAUGACAACAUAUGGCUUCGUCCUAUGAUUGAAAGUGCUCAUGAAGAUGGUACUAUUUCAUUUCCAAGCGGUGUCAUGGUUUCCGCUGACAUUAUUCUACAUUGCACGGGGUACAAGUAUCAUUUCCGGUUUCUUGAUACCGAGGGUAUAGUUAGUGUUGAUGACAAUCGAGUGGGGCCGCUAUAUAAGCACGUCUUCCCACCAUCAUUAGCCCCUUGGCUUUCUUUUGUCGGGUUGCCAUGGAAGAUUAUUCCAUUCCCGCAAUUUGAAUUACAAUGUGAGUGGAUAUCAGGUAUUUUAUCAGGUCGAAUUUCACUACCUUCCCCAGACGAGAUGAUGAAAGAUGUUGAAGCAUUUUACUCGUCUUUGCAAGCAUCUGGUGUCCCAAAACGAUAUACCCAUAAUAUGGCGGACUAUCAGUUUGAGUACAACGACUGGCUUGCCACACAAUGUGGGUGCCCAAAAACGGAAGAAUGGAGAAAGAAAAUGUAUCAAGAGGCUUCUUUAAUCAAAAGAGUACGACCUGAGACUUAUCGCGAAGAAUGGGAAGAUGAAGAUUUGGUGUUGCAAGCGCAUCAAGAUUUCGCAAAGCAAAUAUCCUAUAAACACAUAUCUUGUCAACUACAAAACUUCAAUAUGUGAUUUUUUUUUUUGGUUUGUUCUUACCUAUUAAAAAAGCCAUUGCUUGCUUUAUACAUGAUGGUCUAAUGAUCAUCUUUACAUGUACUAAAUCAGAUAUUUGAUUCAUUAUCUGAAAAGUGUAAUAUUUACAAAAUGUGUUGUUCAA